AUGGAGGGCUUGGGCCGCUUCUCCCCGCGCUCGGUGCUGGACCCGGGCGGGAAGCGUGCGUCCGCAGCGCGGCUGCGUGGGCCCGGGGUCAGGACGGAGCCGUGCCUGGGCUCGGGGGCCGCGACCCGAGGCGAGGGGAACGAGGCCGUGGAGCCCUGGCCCUACCCGCGCUGCGCGCCCACCUCGCGGCCUUGCCGGCGCAGGUGCUCCGAUUCGCCAAGGGAAAGCCAAAGCCUGACCGACAUGGCAGCGAGGCCCCCGGACGGCGCCAGGAGGCCCCGGCCCCGCGGCCGGCACCUGGAGGACGCCUGGGGCGAGCCCCGGCCCAAGCCUCAGCCCGGAAGCGGCGCGCACAGCCCCGCCUGGCGGCGGCAGCCCCACCUACAGCCCGGAGGGCCUCAGCCGUGCCCUCCGGCCCAGGGAGACUCGUCCCCGCUUUACCGGGAGGGAGCGUACACGCCCCUGAGCGGGACCUUCAGGGUGGAGAGGGCGCAGAGCGGAGACCAGUGGGCGGUGCCGCUGUGCAGGGGUCCAGGUCACUGGUCCCAGUCCUCCGCUGUCUCGGAGAAGUCUUCCGUGCGGUCUCAAGAGUUCAGGGCGCAGUCGGCGUGCGUGUGCGCCCACAAGAGGGACGGCAGUGAUCUGCUGGAGUCGUUAGCCAGCCCGCUCUCCCAGCCCUCAGUCUCCAGCAGAGAGAUUCAGAGCCCGCACACCCAGAUCCUCAAAUGCAAGCUGGAGGAGGCGGUCAUAUCCUCCAGGGACCAGAAGAUCGUGGCCCUAGUGCUGACCCGGCUCAAGAAGGCCCAGAGAAUGCGGGAGCUCCAGCAGCAGACGGCCGUAGCCUGGGAGGAGCUGAAGCGCUCGGACCAGAAGGUGCAGAUGACCCUGGAGAGGGAGCGCAAGCUGCUUCUGCAGGAGAGCCAGGAACAGUGGCGGCAGAAGGAGCAGCGCGUGCGGCGGCGGGACGGCCUAGCCAGGAACGCUCCCCGGUCGGAGCGCGCGCGCAGGGCGCUGCUGGAGAACCCGGAGGGAGCCCGGGCCGUGGCCGAGCCGGCGCCCGCGCCAGCGCCCCAGAGGCAGAGCCGCGAGCUGCUCCUGCAGGAGCCCGAGAGGAUGGUGCAGGGCCUGCGGGGGCAGCUGCCGGAGGCCUCUCAGCGGAAGAGCCUGCACGCCAUGGAGCCCCAGGAAGAGGCCCAGGAGGCCAACCUCAGCUCCCUCGUCAACUACCAGGCCCGGAAGGUCCUGCUGGACUGCCAGGCCAAGGCUGAGGAGCUCCUGAGGAAGCUGUCCCUCGAGCAGAGCUCCCAGCGGCCCCAUGAGGCCGCGCGAGGCCUGAUGAAGGAGCGCCCGCGAGAGCUGAGGGACAGGGCGCAGAAGCAGGGGGAGCAGGGGGAGCAGGGGCCGCAGGUGCGGCGGCGCGCGGAGGCCGCCGAGGAGCGGGCACGCCGGCACAGGCGGCUGCUGGCCCAGCUGGCCGAGCAGAGGGGACAGCAGGCCCGGAGCAGCGUCCAGAGGAACGUCAGGGACAAGGUGCAGCACAUCCACGAGCUCAGCGUCCUGCGGGAGCAGAACCAUCACAUCCUGAAGCUGAAAGCCGAGAAGGAGGAGAAAUGCCACAUCGAGGGCAUCAAGGAGGCCAUCAGGAAAAAGGAGCAGAUCUCCCGGGAGAAAGACGCCACCUUCGAGGAGUUCCAGAAGAUCUCCAGGGCGUCCAGGAGAGAGCACGCGGGCGCGCUGGCCGGCAGCUUCCUGGACUCGAGGGCGCGCGAAGCGCCGCGCGGGCCGGGGCCGCAGGGCUGCUGA